AUGCAGGAUUCUAUCAAUGGCGAAGUCAGGACGUUGAAGGAUCGGUUGAGUGGAAGACUCGCCUAUCCCAUCCCCAUUCAAAUGAUUGGUGCAGAAGAAAUCAUCUGUAAAUCCAUCAGGAAACUGGUGGCGAGUGGUGGCAGCAAUCUUUCCUGCCCCAAGGAAGAUACACUCAUCAAGGCCAGGCAGACGCAUGAUGCCACCAAUGUAAAUGAUUUCGUCAACUUCUUUGUGUUCUUUGAGGUUCAAUCUCCUGUUUGCCACGAUAAGGGUCAAAUAAGGGUUAAACACUAUAUGAAUCACUGGGUCACCUAA